AUGAUCUGGCAUCCUCUACUGCUUGCACUCGGCUUCGUGCUGACUGCAGUGGGCGCCAAAGACCUGGGCAACGUGUUCACCUCAUUUUCGCUCGAGGGACCCGCAGAUUACAAUAACUCCCCCGACAAAGUGUGGUAUGCCUACAUGGACUUUGCGUUGACUCCCGCGAUGAGCGUGCAACAGGGCGACACUUUCAGCCUGGAUGCCCCCAACGUUGUCAAAUUCUACCCAAGCCGCACAAUUGGCGAUAACGGUUACGUGCCGAUCAUUGACGGCUCCGGAGCCACCAUCGCCAACUGUUUGAUCCAAAACGGGUUCCACACAGCAUCCAAAUCGUCUCUGCAGUGUACCGUGGGCCAAACCAAUCUUUACAAAGCCUCAGGAUCCGUUAAAUUAGGGUUUGUGUUCAACUACGGUGGCUCUGGCGAUGCAGCGGCCAUUAGCGGCGCCAACACUUUCAAGAAACAGGGCGCCAAUACCGUGACCUGGAACGGGCUCCAAGCCACCGCCAACUUUGGUCUACCGCCAGGAUUGGUGUCUGUAUCGUCACGUGCGUACCGUGAAUACGAUUCCCUUUUCCCAGCACCCGCCAAUCUUCAACAAAUGUUCUACCUGGGUUCUACAUGCACUCAAACUUUCAGCGAUUCCAUAACAAUCCAAUUGAGUGGACAACCUGGUGAUAAUGGGCAGCUGGCUUCUUGCGAUAGCGUCAAUGUUUUCUUGUCGUCCUCGUUCAGUGACUUCAAUAUGCCACUAGAGGCUAAAAGCAUCUCUGGAAGCGACUUAAAGAUCCAGUGCGAUGGCAGCACUAUUCAAGUGACAGUAUCGAAUAUUCCUGCUAACUACUACGUUUAUGUGACUGCCAUGCAGCUGAUGGACCGUUCGAUUUCGGACGUCUCGUACUCAAACUUAUAUCGAGAAACCAAAUACUGUGGUUCUCGUCCUCAAGCCUACGCUAUCAACAGAGGUUACAGUUUUGUCAAAGGUUCAGCCGAAGGAUAUGGAAAUCCACAGACUCUUCAAUGGCAUACAACUACCGAGGGCUGGUCGGGAUCGUACACCACAAGCCGCACCGCCACUUCCGCAGUUACUGGGACCGACGGUGUAUUGACGCCAGAGCCAGUCCUAGUCAUUGAAACUCCCACUGUUGCUACCAGAACCACUACUUACAGUCCAUGGUCUGGUUCCGUUACUUCUACCUACUCAACCUCACUUACUACGUGGACAGGUUCAAAUGGUAUUGGAACCACCGAAACCAUCUACUAUGUAGAGACACCUACAGUGGGCGUCAAAAAAACCACCACCACCGGAUAUUCUGGCUCGGUCACAAGCACUUAUUCUACCAACACAAGAACAUUCACUGGCUCUGAUGGCAUUCCAACCACUGAAACUCUUUACUACGUCGAAACACCAGUUGUUGGAAUCCAGUCUACUACAACAACUGGAUGGACUGGUAAAGUCACCUCGACUUAUUCUACAGGAUUAACCACCUUUACUGGAUCUGAUGGUAUCGCAACUACCGAGACGAUCUACUACGUCGAAACACCAGUUGUUGGAAUCCAAUCCACGACCACCAAAGGAUGGACUGGCAAAGUCACUUCGACUUAUUCUACAGGAUUAACCACCUUUACUGGAUCUGAUGGUAUCGCAACUACCGAGACGAUCUACUACGUCGAAACACCAGUUGUUGGAAUCCAAUCCACGACCACCAAAGGAUGGACUGGCAAAGUCACUUCGACUUAUUCUACAGGAUUAACCACCUUUACUGGAUCUGAUGGUAUCGCAACUACCGAGACGAUCUACUACGUCGAAACACCAGUUGUUGGAAUCCAAUCCACGACCACCAAAGGAUGGACUGGCAAAGUCACUUCGACUUAUUCUACAGGAUUAACCACCUUUACUGGAUCUGAUGGUAUCGCAACUACCGAGACGAUCUACUACGUCGAAACACCAGUUGUUGGAAUCCAAUCCACGACCACCAAAGGAUGGACUGGCAAAGUCACUUCGACUUAUUCUACAGGAUUAACCACCUUUACUGGAUCUGAUGGUAUCGCAACUACCGAGACGAUCUACUACGUCGAAACACCAGUUGUUGGAAUCCAAUCCACGACCACCAAAGGAUGGACUGGCAAAGUCACUUCGACUUAUUCUACAGGAUUAACCACCUUUACUGGAUCUGAUGGUAUUGCCACUACUGAGACUAUCUACUACGUCGAAACACCAGUUGUUGGAAUCCAGUCUACUACAACAACUGGAUGGACUGGUAAAGUCACCUCGACUUAUUCUACAGUAUUAACCACUUUCACUGGAUCUGAUGGUUUAACCACUUUCACUGGAUCUGAUGGUAUCGCAACUACCGAGACGAUCUACUACGUCGAAACACCUGUUGUUGGAAUCCAAUCCACGACCACCAAAGGAUGGACUGGUAAAGUCACCUCGACUUAUUCUACAGUAUUAACCACCUUCACUGGAUCUGAUGGUAUUGCCACUACGGAGACUAUCUACUACGUCGAAACACCAGUUGUUGGAAUCCAGUCUACUACAACAACUGGAUGGACUGGUAAAAUCACUUCUACCUACUCCACUCAACUCACAACCUUCACUGGAUCUGACGGUAUCCCCACUACGGAGACGAUCUACUACGUUGAAACUCCAGUUGUUGGAAUCCAGUCUACUACAACCACUGGAUGGACCGGUAAAAUCACAUCGACCUACUCCACCGAGUUGACCACUUUCACUGGAUCUGAUGGUAUCCCCACUACGGAGACGAUCUACUACGUUGAGACUCCAGUCGUUGGUGUGAACUCGACCGUGACAACCGGAUGGACCGGUAAAAUCACAUCGACCUACUCCACCGAGUUGACCACAUUCACUGGAUCUGAUGGUAUCCCCACUACGGAGACGAUCUACUACGUUGAGACUCCAGUCGUUGGCGUGAACUCGACAACUACUACAGGAUGGACCGGUAAGGUCACAUCGACCUACUCCACCGAGUUGACCACUUUCACUGGAUCUGAUGGUAUUCCAACCACUGAGACGAUCUACUACGUUGAGACUCCAGUCGUUGGUGUGAACUCGACCGUGACAACCGGAUGGACAGGUAAAAUCACAUCGACCUACUCCACCGAGUUGACCACUUUCACUGGAUCUGACGGUAUCCCCACUACGGAGACGAUCUACUACGUUGAAACUCCAGUCGUUGGCGUGAACUCGACAACUACUACAGGAUGGGUUGGCCGUGUUACUUCGACGUACUCCACCGAGUUGACCACUUUCACUGGAUCCGAUGGUAUCGCAAC